UCUAUGCAUGUAAAGACGAUUAAUAUUGGCUAAUGGUCGUUUUGAUGAAGUGUUGACGUUGUGCUGGUGUUUAGAACAGUUUUGUAUUUGUUAUUAGCACGUUUGUGCAUUUAGUGUUAUUUUAAAUAUGGGCUCUACUAAAAAACACAAGGAAACUAGAAAACACAAACAUCGUAGUAGGUCACGCACUCCCGAACGUCUGGAACGUCCGGAACGCCUUGAACGCACGGACCGCAAAGAAAAACAUCGCCAUCAUCACAAGAAACACCACAAAGACAGGAAGAAAGAAAAAACCAGGGAAAGGAAUGGAGACGUUGAAAUGCGAUAUGAAGUUUACAACAGUGAAGACGACGUGGUGGUCGUCGCCCCGCCGCCGCCCAAGAUCUCGCGGCCGGCCACGCCCCCGCCCCCCGCCAUCAGCGGGCGCUCCGACCAGAGCCUGUCGGUGGCGGAGACCAACCAGCUGCGGGCGCGGCUGGGGCUGAAGCCCCUGGAGGCGGGCGGGGCGACCGCGCUGGCCGGCCUCACCCCCGAGGAGCGCCGGGAGCGCCAGGAGAAGGCCGAGAGCCUGGGCGGCGUCGACAUGGGCGAGUUCGUGCACAAGCCGGCCGACAACAUCGCCAAGAAGGUGCAGAGCGAGAAGCUCAAGGACAAGCUGCAGGAGAGCAAGGAGCGGAGGAAGAUCGAGACGAAGCUGGCCAAGGUGAAGUCCCUGGGGCAGUCGGACUCUGACGACGACGCCCGGGCGUGGGUGCAGAAGAGCAGGAAGCUGGACGCGGAGCGACUCAAGGCACUGCAGCGGGAGAAGAUGCUGGACCAGCUGGAUGCAGAGUUCGGCGUGGGGGAGCUGGUGGAGGACGAGAUCAAGGACAUGAAGAGGACCGUGUACAGCAACAGAGACCUCCGGGGGCUGCAGGUCCGACACGACCCGAGCCAGUUCCAGGAGGGCCGGACGGUGGUGCUGACGCUGCAGGACAAGGGAGUUCUGGACGAGGAGGAGGACGUGCUGGUCAACGUCAACAUGCUGGACGACGACCGCUACCGCAAGAAUGUUGAAGUUAAAAAGAAAAAACCAAAUCAGUAUGAUGUUUACAACGAUAUGGAGUACGAUGAAUAUGGGGACUUGGUGGAGCACAGCAUACUUGGGAAGUACGAUGAAGAAAUUGACGGACAGAAGAAGAAGACCUUCAGACUAGGGGAGGACGUGAUGGAGGAGCAGCGCAGACGCAACCUGGCGGCCGUGCGCCAGAAGCUGGGCAACAAGACCGUCGUGAGCCUGGACAUGCCUGUCCCCCGGCUGGCCUCCGAGUACUACACGGAGCAGGAGCUGGAGGUCAAGUUCAAGAAGACCAAGAAGAAGUUCCGCAAGAUCCGGCGCAAGCCCCUGAAGGCGGACGACCUGGCGCGCGACGCCCCGGCGGUGGGCAGCGAGGCCUGGCUGCAGGACCUGGGCUCCAAGGGCUCCGCCGCGAGGCCGCCCGGUCAGCCCGGGGGCGGGGACCCCGGCAUGGACCUGGACCUGGAGUCCAUGAGGCGCGUCAAGCAGGAGCCCGCCGACGACGAUGCCGUGGACGUGGACGAUCUGCCCCCGCCGCCGGACCUGUCCAACGUGAAGCUGGAGCCCGACGACUCGGAGCAGCUGGACCUGCAGCUGGCCCUGAGGAAGGCUCGCAAGCUGAAGCGGCAGGAGGGCGAGGAAGAGACUCCGCGCGUGGCCAAGGUAGCGAAGACAGUCCUGAGCCAGAAGUGCGACGACGGAGGCACCGGGCCGGGGGGGUCCAUCGUGCUGAACUCCACCGCCGAGUUCUGCCGCACCCUGGGCGACAUACCCACCUACGGUCUGGCCGGCAACCGUGACGAGGACGCGGAAGAGUUGAUGGACUUUGAGCGAGCGCUGAAGGAGGAGAAGCUGCUGCAGGACGAGGAGGGCAAGCUGAGAGGAGCCUGGAACGAAGUGGAGAUGGACGAGACGCCGGUGGACGUGCUGCCGGCGGAGGUGCCCAUCCUGGACCAGGAGCCCAGCGUGGGCACGGGCGUGGCAGGGGCGCUGAGCCUGGCCGUCAGCAAGGGCUACCUGGAGAAGGAGGACAAGAGCAAGCCCUCCGUGUCCCGCUUCGCCCACCUGCAGGCCCAGAACUACUCCAUCGAGGACAAGACCUACUUUGACGACGACAAGUUUGGACGGCGGGAACGCUACAGUGGGCCGUCCUCUGACUUCAAGGAGAAGGACAGUUUCAAGCCGAACGUGAAGUUGGACUACAUUGACGACGAUGGACACAUCCUCAAUGCCAAGGAAGCUUUCAGAUAUCUGUCCCACAAGUUUCAUGGAAAGGGCCCAGGGAAGAACAAAGUGGAGAAGCGAAUGAAGAAGAACGAACAAGAAGGGCUGAUGAAGCAGAUGAGCUCCACCGACACUCCUCUGCGCACGCUCAACUUGCUGCAGCAGAAACAGAAAGAAACGCAGUCCGCGUUUAUCGUUCUCAGUGGCAGCAAGCAAAUGGCCACCAUCUCAAAAACAAAGAUGUAGGCAUCUGACCACAUGGAAUGGGUGUUGUUGUGUCGUCGCAGCCUCAGACCUGUUCUUUAUGAACGUGAUGUAAGAAAGAAUAGAACUUGUUUAAAUUGAUAUGUAGGCUACAUGUAUUAUUGGUGUACGUACUAAAAUUAAUUAUGUUUCAUUUCUAUUGUGUACUGUUAUUUUGUAUAAUUUAUCAAUUGUUUAUUAAAUUACUAGCCAAGUGUA